CCAACUUCCACCAGGCGCCACUCCUCGCGAGACUUCGGCGGCGCAGCAAUGGCGAGAUCAUGCCGCGUCAUUGCUCCGCCGCCGGCUGCUGCACACGGGACACGCGCGAGACGCGCAACCGCGGCAUCUCCUUCCACAGACUUCCCAAGAAGGACAACCCGAGGCGAGGCUUGUGGCUGGCCAACUGCCAGCGGCUGGACCCCAGCGGCCAGGGCCUGUGGGACCCGGCUUCCGAGUACAUCUACUUCUGCUCCAAACACUUCGAGGAAAACUGCUUUGAGCUGGUGGGAAUCAGUGGGUAUCACAGGCUGAAGGAGGGGGCAGUUCCCACGAUAUUUGAGUCUUUCUCCAAGUUACGCCGGACAACCAAGACCAAGGGGCACAGUUACCCACCUGGCCCCCCUGACGUCAGCCGGCUCCGGCGAUGCAGGAAGCGCUGCUCUGAGAGCCGAGGGCCCACGACUCCAUUUUCUCCACCUCCACCUGCUGAUGUCACCUGCUUUCCUGUGGAAGAGGCCUCAGCCCCUGCUGCUUUGCCUGCCUCCCCCACUGGGAGGCUGGAGGCUGGCCUCAGCAGCCCCUUCGCAGACCUCCUGGGGCCCCUGGGUGCCCAGGCAGAUGAAGCAGGCUGCAGCACCCAGCCCUCGCCAGAGCGGGAGCCCGACAGACAGCCGUCCCCCCUCGAACCACGGCCUGUCUCACCCUCAGCCUACAUGCUGCGGCUGCCCCCCCCGGCCGGUGCCUACAUCCAGAAUGAGCACAGCUACCAAGUGGGCAGUGCCCUGCUCUGGAAGCGGCGGGCUGAGGCCGCACUCGAUGCCCUGGACAAGGCCCAGCGCCAGCUGCAGGCCUGCAAGCGGCGAGAGCAGCGCCUGCGGCUACGGCUGAGCAAGCUGCAGCAGGAGCGUGCCCGGGAGAAGCGGGCACAGGCGGAUGCCCGCCAGACUCUGAAGGAGCACGUGCAGGACUUUGCCAUGCAGCUGAGCAGCAGCAUGGCGUGAGGGAGGGGCCGCUGGCCCCAGGGCUGCCUGUUGGGGUGUCGGCCUCUUCCUCCCUUGGAAUCCGCCUGGAAAGGGACCCAAUCUGAGCUGUGUCCACCAGACCUGCCAGAUGCCAUAAUAAAAUGGAUUCUAGGAGGCCCU